CACAUUUAUGACACAUCUGGCAUCCUCUCUCAUUUGUAUCAUUUACACAAACUCCUUCAAAAAAUUGUUGAAAAUGGAAUAGCUAUUUUCCAACCUUUUCUUUAACCUCAAUUCUCUCCCUCCCAUGAAAGAGAGAGUGCAUUUUUCCUUACUACUUCCAUUCUAGCUAUUUUCCUAAUGGCUCUUCUUAAUUCCUUGCCUGAACAAUCCCACCCCAAAACCAAAACAACACUCCCAAAACACAAACAAAAGAACCAACAACAACAGAAACAAAAACCACCUUCUUCAUGGGACCAAAUAAAAAACCUCCUAACAUGCAAACAGAUCGAAGUUUCAAGAGUUCAUGAUCCUUCAAAACCAAACAACAAUAAUGGUUACUCAAAAUUAGGUUCUUCUUGUAGCUCCAUUUGUAGCUUUAGAGAUGUUGUUCAUGGAAACACUAGAGUUGUUCAUAGGUCUGAUAAUUCAUCACCAGAGAGUAGUAUCUUGGGUCAAGAAACAAGUUUACUCAAAAGAAAACCUGUUAAUGCUUCAUCAACUCGCUCUGCAUCAUGUUCUGGGAAAUCAUCCAACGGUGGAGGAAACUACACAUCAUCAUCAUCUUCAAGAGGAAUGCAGUUUAGGAAGCUAUCUGGAUGUUAUGAAUGUCACAUGAUCGUUGACCCUAGCAGGCUACCAAUUCCUAGGAGCACAUUAUGUCGUUGUGAUCAAUGUGGAGAGGUCUUCCCUAAGAUUGAAAGCUUGGAACUUCAUCAAGCUGUUCGACAUGCAGUUUCGGAGCUGGGUCCAGAGGAUUCAGGUAGGAACAUAGUAGAGAUAAUCUUCAAAUCUAGCUGGUUAAAGAGAGAGACUCCAAUGUGCAAGAUUGAACGGAUACUAAAAGUCCACAACACACAACGAACAAUCCAACGGUUCGAGGAAUGCAGAGACGCAGUAAAAUCCCGUGCAUCCAACACCACCAAGAAAAAUCCCCGGUGUGCCGCGGACGGCAAUGAACUCCUCCGUUUCCACAGCACAUCGUUAUCGUGUGCACUCGGUGCAAGUGGUUCCUCCACCCUUUGCGCUGUGCCUGGAUGCGGUGUUUGCAACAUCAUCCGCCACGGUUUUCAAAAGAAAGGUGGAGUGAAGACCAAUGCUAGUAGUGGUAGGGCCCAUGACAAUUCGGUUGGAGAAGAUUCUAGAAGGGCAAUGCUGGUGUGUCGUGUGAUUGCCGGGAAAGUGAAGCGCGUGGCGGAGGAAGGUGCACGGGUAGUGUCGGAGGAGGAAAUGGUGUGUUUUGAUUCUACUGCGGGGAAUGCUGGGAGUUACUCAAAUCUAGAAGAUUUAACUGUUUUCAAUCCUAGAGCUAUUCUUCCUUGCUUCGUAGUCAUUUACGAGGUGCUUCCAUGACGAACGAAUAUUGUGCAUGUUUAGUAUCACAAUGAAAUUGUCAUAAUCACAAUCUAUGUGAUUUUGACAAAUUCCCUGUCAAUUUAAACUUAUAAAUUGUUUAUCAUUGUCUUGGAUUUGGAGUUAUUACUGUUAAUUAAAUUACUACUAUAUAGUGAUAAAUUACUACAAAAGUACAAUUUUCGUCCCCAA